CACCGGAAGUAGUUGUCAUUGUUUACUCUAGAUUCGUGCAGCAGUAUGAGCGAGCUCUCAAGUGGUUUUUAUUUCUGUAAUAUUUUUUAACGUUUCAAAUUAACUCUGGAGGAAGCCGUUGCUUUGUUGGAACUAUAUUUGGUUGUAAUGAUAAUCUCAUUCUCCUGGGCUAUUUAUUUUAUAUUCGUGUCGAAACCGCUGUUCGGCAAAAACUAGCUCACCGGCGUUAGCCAUGGCUCGAUGACAUUUAGCACUUUGACGUCGUGAAUGAAUCCAGAGGCAGCAGAUGGAUUUCUCAAAGUUCCUGGACGACGACUUUGACGUGAAAGACUGGGUGAAUGGCGCCUUUAAAGUGGUGCAGAAGGAUGCACCGGGGAAGGCGGAUACACACGCUGCGACGCUGGUCAUGAAGCUGCAGCUUUUUAUCCAGGAAGUAAACAAUGCAAUUGAGGAAAGCAGCAACCAGGCGCUGCAGAACAUGCCCAGAGUCCUGCGAGAUGUGGAUGCAUUGAAGCAGGAAGCUACUUUCCUCAAGGAGCAAAUGGUUCUGGUCAAAGAGGACAUCAAGAAGUUUGAGCAGGACACAGUGCAGUCCAUGCAGGUCCUGGUGGAGAUCGACCAAGUGAAGAGUCGCAUGCAAGUGGCAGCGGAGGCGCUACAGGAGGCUGAUAAAUGGAGCACACUCAGUGUGGACAUAGAGGAGACCUUCAAAUCACAGGAUCUCUUAGCCAUCUCAUCCAAGCUAACCAGCAUGCAGAACAGCCUGGCGAUGCUGGUGGAUACGCCCGACUACUCUGAAAAGUGUGUCCAUCUGGAGGCUCUUAAAAACAGACUGGAGGCCCUGGCAAGCCCUCAAAUAGUGGCGGCAUUUAAUUCCAUGUCUGUAGAUCAAGCCAAACUGUUUGUUAAAGUCUUCUCGGAGAUCGACAGGAUGCCGCAGCUCCUUGCAUACUACUACAAGUGUCAUAAAGGCCAGAUUGUGAAUAUGUGGCAAGACCUCUCUCAGAGCGAGCUGGGCCUGAAUCAGCAGUUGUCGGAAUUCUAUGACACUUUGUUGUCCACUCGGCACGCUCAGCUCCAGUGGUGCAGCCAGGUGUUCAAGAACCCUCACGAGGUGGUGACGGUGUUGCUCAUCCAAACUCUGGGCGCCAUGGUGCCCUCCAUCCCCAUGUGCCUAAGCACGGCCAUGGAUCGGGCAGCUCAAGAUGAGCGUCUCGACACCCUGCUGGAGCUCAACCACACUACGCUCACCUUCUGCCGCAACUUGGAAGCCGCCAUGACACCGCACCUCGGCGAGAACAACCUCCUGAAGGUGACUGAGCUCGUGUGCGCGCUCUACGACCCUUACAAGCCUUACCAGUUGCAGUAUGGAGAGCUGGAGGAAAAUCAUCUCCUCAUUCAAAUCAGCGCCGUCCCCUUGGAACACGGGGAGAUCAUCGAUUGCGUGGAGGAGCUGAAGCACUCUGUGGGGAAGAUGUUCGGCCUGGCGAGCGGCGCCGUGGACCGCUGUGUGAAACUGACCGACGGGCUCGGCGUGUGCGGCCUCCUCAAGGCUCUUAAAGCGCUUUUCACCAAGUACGUGUCCGACUUCUCGACGACACUGCAGUCAAUCAGGAAGAAGUGCAAACUGGAGGACACGCCCACUUCUUCUGCUUUCCAGGAGGACUGGACCUCAUUCCAGAACUCAGUCAGGAUUAUUGCCACGUGUGGCGAGUUACUGAGACAAUGUGGCGCCUUUGAACAGCAGUUGUCAAACAAGAUCAUGGGCACGGCAGGCAAGUACCUGUCGGAGUCGUACAGCCCUCGCAGCCUGGCGGGCAUCCAGGAGGCCAGUGGCGGCGAGAGGAAGGGCGCCACCAAAAAUCCCUGGCAGGACUACAACUACCUCCAGAGGGGCAGCGUGGCUGAGUAUAACAGUCUCAUGGAGGUGCUCUACUUGUUGAAGGAGAAAGGCGCCGGCAACUCCAAUCUCCUCGCCGAGCCCAGAGCGGCGCUGACCCGACUCAACCAGCAGGCCCAUCAGCUGGCCUUUGACUCGGUCUUUUUGCAAAUCAAACACCAGCUGAGCCCCGUCGCCAAGAUGGAGAGUCAGGAGUCGGCGGGUUUAGGAGAGAACUUCACCGAGGACCUGCCCACGUUCAGCCUGUCACCACAAGAGUACAUCACAAAUAUAGGUCAGUACCUGAUGUCUCUCCCGCUCCACUUGGAACCGUUUGUGACGCAAGAGGAUCCAGCGCUGGAGUUAGCCUUGCACGCUGGGAAGUUGCCUUUUCCUCCAGAGCAAGGCGAUGACCUUCCUGAAUUGGACAACACGGCUGACUAUUGGCUUGGCUCCAUCGCUCGGGCCACCAUGCAGACAUACUGCGAGGCCAUUCUGCUCAUCCCCCGUCUGAGCGCACAUUCCACCAAGCAGCUGGCCACGGAUAUCGACUACUUGAGCAACGUGAUGGAUGCGCUGGGCCUGCAGCCUUCUCGCAGCCUUCAGCAGAUCGUCACCCUGUUGAGGGCCAAGCCAGACGACUACAGACAAACCGCCAAACAGUUGCCUCGGCGACUGGUGGCGACCAUCGCCGCCCUCCGCUCCAUUGACCACUAAAAAAAACAAAAAAACACUCUUCUGUUUUCAAUGACACCGCUCUGUCCACUUUGGUAUACCAAUGCAGGGUUUGAAAUUAUUCUACGUUACUUAUUUCUGCGUCUCGGCUUUACCUUCGUUUUUUGCAAUACCACCUUAUCAAAUCAGGGUACGCCUAAGAGCAUUUAACAUCCAUUGCAUCAAUUUAUUGAUUAUAUAUUUUGCCAGUUCUAUUUUUGGUGAUCAACUAUUUACUGAGCUUCAUAUUCUUAUCGUUCUUUUUCAUUGUGCACCAUUCAAGUAAAAUUAUACAGCAUCUUUUAAAGUAUGUAAAUGUGUAUAUAAAACAUUUACACAGCAU